UUUUACAAGUCUUCGGUUUCUAUGAAGAGUAGUCAGUAUGUCCAUUUCUUCUUUUCAAAUGAGCCAUUAUUCUUUUUGGAGGAUUUAAUGACAAGACAAGGUGGUUUAUUAUGGGUUGACAAAUAUCGACCAAAGACACUUGAAACUUUAGAUAUUCAUCCCGAAUGGACUGAAAAACUUGCUAGUUUAUGUGAACAAGGAACUUUACCUCAUUUGUUAUUUUAUGGGCCUUCAGGUGUUGGAAAACGAACUAGAAUAUAUGCUCUAUUGAGACAAGUAUUUGGAAUUGCUAUUGAAAAACGUCAAGUGGAACAUCGUUUUUUGAAAGUGGGAGAACCACCCAAGGAAGUGGAACUAACUACCAUCACUUCAGCACAUCAUAUCGAACUUUGUCCAGCAGAUGUUGGAUAUAACGAUCGUUUGGUAAUACAAGAGAUUGUAAAAGAAAUAGCAUCCUCUAAACCUAUAGAGUUGGGUAAUGUGCAUCGUGGAUACAAAGUGGUUGUAUUGCAUGAUAUAGAUGAGGUAUCCAAACAAGCUCAACAAGCUUUAAGAAGAACUAUGGAAAAAUAUACAAGCUGUUGUAGAAUCAUAAUGAGUGCAGAAUCAGUAACGAGAGUUAUGGAACCUAUUCGUAGUCGAUGUUUAGGUAUUCGCAUUCCUUGUCCUAAAAAGGAAGAAAUAGAACAAGUGUUACAAAAGAUAGCCAAAAAGGAAGGACUUGUAUUACCUGAUUGUUAUGCAAACCAAUUGGUGACUCAAUCAAAAGGUAAUUUGCGCAAAGCUAUUUUAUUAUUACAAGUAGGUAGAGCCAUAGCCUAUCCCUUUUCACAACAACAACAAAAGAAGAAUGAAGAAGAAGAAGAAAGUUGGAUAUCCUCUCAAGAAACAGGUUGGGAUUGGGAACGAUUAUGUUAUGAUAUUGCCAAUAUUGUGAUAAGAGAACAAAAUCCUAAACAAUUAUGUAAUAUUAGAAACAAACUUUAUGAAUUAUUUUGUCAUGCUAUACCAGGUGAUAUGAUAUUUAGAAAAAUAACUUUACAUUUGUUAAGAAUGAUGGAUGAGGAAGUUGCACCGCAAGUUUGUCAUUGGGCUGCUCAUUAUGAAUAUGGAAUGAAACGAGGAUCCAAAGAAAUAUUUCAUUUAGAAGCCUUUUUAGCCAAAGUGAUGUAUAUCUAUUAUUCUCAUAUUCAUACUCAAUAUUCUAUGGCAUGGAUGGAUGAUUAAAACAAAGUAUUCAAAUUAUCUUGAAUAGUGGACUGCAAAUGUGCACUCAACUCAUUAAGUUUUGUUUGUAUGACUCGAAAAGUACAUCUCAAUACAUCUUGUGAAGAUAAAGCACCAGUCGUUUCU